AAUCACAGGGUUUGCCGUGAAAUAUUUUCCUCGCGAAAACGAAUUACGAAAUAGCUGCCAGUUUUGUAGGUUAAGUUUUUACAGGGGAUCAAAAAUGUCUUUAAGGUCUUGCAUUACAAUUCUUCCAGGAGUAGUCAAAACGUUAAAACCUAAUACAAUUCAUCAAUUUAACACAUCGCUUCAAAAUAUUACAAAAAGGUCUCAUCCAGUACUAUGGUUCACCACAGACCACAAGCCUCCUGAAACACAGAGUUUAAAAGAAAUAUACUAUGGGAUAUUAACACCACAAAUUAAGGCUGUUAAGGUCUUUUCACUAUCUUCUAGUAUAGUGGGAAUUGUUGGACAACCAUUUCUGUAUAGUGCGAUAGUAUCCACUGGAAAUGUUCCUAUUAUAGUUGCAGCAUACUCCUUUAUUGGGUUUUUUACAUUUAUUACCCCAUUUCUUUUACAUCUAAUAACAAAAAAGUAUGUAACACACCUAUUCUACAAACCUACUGCAGAUAGUUAUGUUGCUAAAACAGUCAAUUUCUUCUGCAUCACAAAAGAGACUGAAUUUAAAGUCGAGAAUGUGAAGGUCCCAGAUGUACCAGGAAUGUUCACAACGUUACUUGCAAAUGGUAAACCUCUUUUCAUUGAUCCUCGUUUAUUUGAGAACCCAGAUCAUUAUGCAAGACUUAUGGGCUAUGAUAAGCCAAUAGAUUUUAAAUUGUAUGAAACACCACCAAUAGAAAAAAAGAAUGAAUAGUGGUUAACCAAUACAGGAAGUAUAUGUAAAUAGUGUUCUAAUUGAGUAAACUGUUGUUUCAU